AUGAAAUUUGCUGAUCAUGCUUAUAAGUUACCUGAACUUCCAGUAGAAAAAUUAAUAACAAAAAGCCAACAUCAUUUAAGAUUAGAAUCAGCAUUGGAACAAAAGAAAAAAAUUAUUUUUCAAUUACUGUCAAAUUCUUCAAAUGUAAUUGAACUCAGAAAGCAAACGAAUCAUUUAAUAAGAGAAUUAACAUUGGAAAUAAGACAAGAAUUUCAAAAACAGCAAGAAUUUCAAUAUUACACUAAAUCAUCAUCACCAUCUUCUAUUACUACUUCUCGCACAAUUAGUUCGUCUCGUGUAAUUUUUUUUACUAAAAUGAUAACUGUGAAGAUGAAUAACAGACUUUAUGUAUCAUCGAUACAAAAUAUUAAUCAAACAGUUAAUUCUAUUGAUUAUAAUACGACAACAUUGGUUUUAAUACUUAGUUUUUGUGUAUUAUUUGUUUUAUUUCGAUUGAGAAAAGUAUGA